AAUGAGGUACAACGAAAUAAACCACUUUAGCCAUCCACAACACAAGCUCAAGUUCGACUACUCCGAGGUCCCCUUCAAAUGCGACGGUUGCAAAGAGAUCGGAAUCGGUUCCCACUACAAGUGCGCAUCAAUAUCUUGCAACUUCGACCUCCAUACGCAUUGCGCAAUUCCCUCUCCCUCAAUCUUUCACCCUUUCUAUACCAAGUGUUCCUUCCAAUUCCUUUCCCGCCCUCCCGGAAACGCGGCGCGUUAUUGCAACGCGUGCGAAAGAGAUGUCACCGGUUUUCUUUACCACUGCGGGUCGUGCGAUUUCGACUUGCAUCCGUGUUGUGCGAAGCUUCCCAUGAUGCUCGAUGACGGCGAAGUUAAACUUUAUUUGUAUCGGAAGGUGAGUUCUCCGUGCCAUAGAUGCGGUCGCAAGGGACGGAGCUGGAGUUAUCGCUCGGCUUGCAAAAGGUAUAAUCUACAUGUUGCAUGUGUGAAAGAAAUGCUGGUGGAGAGCUGGCAUGACUUGUACUUUGGAGGAGGCUAUAGCAUUAGUAAUGAACAUGAUUAUAAUAAUAAUAAUGUGUAUAUACAUGUGAAUGGUGAUAAUGAUAAUAAGAACGAUUAUCAUAUAAGUGGUAGAAAGUUGGAGACAAGAAUACCAAGUCUGAAAAGGACUUUGCAAACAUAUAAUAAUCAUCAUCGAUAUACUAACAAAGGUAAAGGAAAGGCAAAAGUGAACAAAUGUUGUGAAAUGGCUACUUUAGCUGUUCAGUUCAUCGUUUCUGCUAUUCUUGGCGAUCCAACUGCUCUCAUUGCUGGUGUUGUUGGCACUCUCAUCUCCUUAUCUUAACCCUAAACCCUAACCCUAGUAACUCUUAGUCAGCAUUGAAUGAAUGAAUGAAUGUGUUCAAUUGUGAUUCACUUCACUUGUAAAAAUGUCUGUAUUUAUGAAUCCAAGUGUAGUUUUUAUAACUUUAGUGCCUAGAGGCUUUUGGGCUUUGAUGGGCUUAGUAUUAUUGGCCCAACAAUGGGGAACAUUUUAUUCUUGUU